CGUCCCGAUUCCUCCCCGCCUGCAUCCUGAGCGACUUCACAAGUAGAUCGAGUCAUUCCAUUGCCCUCCGCUGAUCCCGCCCUUCGUCCACGGUAGAACCGAGUCCUCGACAGCACUUUCUCCCCCUUAGCAGUCAUGCCCUUCGGAAUCAACCCAUUCAAGAAUCACGACCACGGCGAUUUCGCUGGGGUCGUCAUUCCUAUCGAACAGGCCCCAAUGCGCUCGCGACCCGACCUUCAAACGACAAACCAUGUGGCCGGUACUGAUGAGAAGACUGAUGAGAAGGGCCUAGACAGAGCCUCGUCUGAGGAAGCCGGGUUUGGAUCCCUCCAUAACUACGAUCAUAUGACCAUUGAAGCCCUUCGCGCUGAAAUCGAGUCGGAUCUGGUUGCCACGGGACAGGAUUCCGUCUAUGACCGCAAGGCAAAGGUUAUCAACAGAGCCAUCCAGGAUAUCGGCAUGGGCCGGUACCAGUGGGAGCUGUUCGCCAUGUGUGGCUUUGGUUGGCUCGCCGACAAUCUCUGGUUGCAGGGUAUUGCUCUCACCCUCACACCCAUUGCCGAGGAGUUUGGUAUCUCCUCUACCCGAGUGCGAUUCACCACCUGUGCUCUGUUCUUGGGUCUUUGCAUUGGUGCUUCGUUUUGGGGUAUCGCUUCUGACAUUGUCGGUCGUCGCCUUGCGUUCAACACGACGCUGUUCCUGUGCAGUGUCUUUGGUGUUGCCGCCGGGGGUGGUCCGAACUGGAUUGGAACGUGUGCCCUCUAUUCUUGCUUGGGUCUUGGUGUUGGCGGCAAUCUGCCCGUCGAUGGAGCUUUGUUCUUGGAGUUCUUGCCCUUCGCGUCAGGAAACAUGUUGACCAUGUUGAGUGUCUGGUGGCCCGUCGGUCAGCUGAUCUCGAGUCUGCUCGCCUGGGCGCUGAUUCCCAACUUCAGCUGCGAAAGUGGUCUCCCAUCGUGCCAUGAUGUUGCCAGCGGGGUUGCCUGCUGCAGCAAGCAGGACAACAUGGGCUGGAGAUACUUCGUUUUCACCAUUGGUGGCCUGACCUUCCUCAUGUUCUUCUGUCGAUUCUUUCUGUUCCACCUCUACGAGUCGCCCAAGUUCCUGCUGGGCCGCGGUCGCCAGGCCGAUGCCGUCGCCUCGGUUUAUGGGAUUGCCCACAAGAACAAGACCAAGACUUGGCUCACCGAGGAGAUUCUAAACGAGAUUGGUGGUCACCAGGUUGAAGCGAAGAAGGAGAAGCUCAAGUCAACCGAAAUCGUGAAGAGAUAUCUCUCCAAAUUCUCCUUCGAGCAAAUUGCUCCGCUCUUUGCCACGAAGAAGCUUGCCUUUAGCACCAUCCUCCUUUGGUUCUGCUGGACCACCAUCGGAAUGGGCUAUCCGCUCUUCAACGCCUUCCUCCCGCAGUACCUGGCCAACAGCGGCAACAGCGGCUCUAGCUCCACCUACAUUGCCUACCGCAACUACGCCAUCACCUCGGUUGUGGGAGUUCCGGGCUCUAUUCUCGCCUGUUACACCGUCGAGAUCAAGUACGUCGGCCGCAAGGGCACCAUGUGCAUCGCCACCCUGAUCACGGGCAUUCUGCUCUUCUGCUUCACCACCUCCACCGACUCCAACGUCCAGCUCGUCUGCUCUUGUCUCGAGGCCUUCUUCCAGAACAUCAUGUACGGCGUCCUCUACGCCUACACCCCGGAGGUCUUCCCCGCCCCCAACCGCGGAACCGCCACUGGCAUCUCCUCGUGUCUGAACCGUAUCGCGGGUCUGUGUGCACCCCUCGUCGCAAUCUACGGCGGCUCCGCCAGCCCCGACGCCCCUAUCUAUGCCUCGGGUGGAUUGAUUCUCGCAGCGUUUGUGGCUAUGUGUCUGCUGCCCAUUGAGACGAUGGGAAAGCAGAUCAUGUAAAGCUGUCCUCAAGAGAGAAGCGGAGAGAAGAAAAAAAGGGAACGGAGUCAACUUCAUCCGAACGCCCUAGGGAUAAAUGUUGACUCCUCCCCUCAGUGUA